GACAUAGCUUAACAAAAUCUUUGUAAGUGUCACAAAAACACAUGACGGGUCUGAAAUGUUGGUUUUGCUGUGGGAUGUCUGUCGCUAUCAAGAUUCAUAUCCUGGGAUGUUUUUGGUCUUUGCUGUGAUACACGUUAGAGAUCACAGACAAAACGAGGUUUGGGGGUCUUUCAACUGCAUAUGUCUCUUGACAUUCAGUUAAUUUGAAGUUGAUUCCUUUUGACAUUCCUGCUAGUGUAGUUUAGUCUGUUCUUUACUGCCAUUACCAUGACUUCGCAUCAUUUUUUUUUGGCAAUUAUAUUCAAUUUUUGCAUUCGUGGGUCUUGAUAAAAUUUUAGUUUGAUAUUUGAUUUGAAUGUAGAAAAUAAUGGUACUCCAAAGUUUUUGACAAUGAAGUUUGAGAAGGAAUGUUGGCAGCAAUUGUCUUUUAAAUGCAAGAACAAUUAGUUAAUCCUGGUCAGACUUGAUAUAGCAGGACAGAAACUCAUCAUAAACUGGGGAUAAUCAGAAAUAACUUCCUAUUGUGGAUAGCUAUUUGGUUUCAUUCUCUUGUUGGCUGAUUCUGACUGGCUAAAUGACAGAAGACCGCCUAGUUGGAAUUCUUUUUAUAAUGAGAAUAUGUUUGAUUUUUUGCAUUUGUUAUCAACUGAACAGAUACUGUGAAUUGAGGCUAUAAAAUGGGAAAGGUUAAGGAAACUGGCUAGUCGGAUAAAUAAUGUUCAGUCACUUAAGUUAUCCUAUUAUUUCUUUUAAUACACAAUUAAACGUAUAAGAGAAGCAUAGUUACCAAUAUUAGAGCCGUCAAAUGUUAGACCCUGAGAUAAUGGUAAGGAUUUGGUUAGUUCAUUCUUAUUUUAAACUAAAUAGUCUAGUUAAUGAUGUCUGCAAUAUGCCGCAAAUUCUAGUUGCGUAAAUGUAUCAACCACAUUUGCUAUCUCAAUUGUUAGUAUGCCUCUCAGACUUUAGGCUACAAGAUUAUUUCUUGACAAUAACACAUAUACCUAGUUGAGAAGUUGAUAGUGGACUAGCUGAACAUUUUGGCCGGGAAAAGUGAGUGUCUAAUAGAUAUCCCAAGAAUCAUGGUAAGUUGGAAUAUUGUUACCGUGUGGCAAUCAUUCAUAAAAGCUAAAAACUACUCUUGAAAUCAAGACAUGUCUGGAAUCAUACUACCAUGUAUCUUAGCAAUAAGUGCAUACUCAUAUGACACUGAUGGUAGCUUUUUAGUUUUAUCCCAGGCCAGUGCUACCUAACCUUAUCUAAAGGCUUGUAUUUGGAAAAUUGAAAUUUAUAAUCCCAUUUUAGCAGUAGAUGUAACUGACUUCAAGCAUUUGAUUGUUUAAUUAAAAGGAAAAGAGAGCGGGGAGGCAUAUAUAUCUAAGUUAUUGAGAUUGAUAGAUGUUCUGGAAGAUUUUUUUUGCCUUUUUUUAAUGCUAUUAAGGGUACUGCACAUUAUUCCAGAAAAUCUAUUUUUGUGUCUGUUCAAGUUGUGCCUCAUUUUAACCAAUUUUAACAAUUAUGAGAUAAAUGAAAAGGCAUAUAGAUAUCACAAAUUUUUUCCUCGUUGUACUAUAGCAGAAUUCUGCUAGCUUUGGAUAAAUAAAACUUACAACUUAUCCAAAAAAAAAACUUUUUCCUCAGAAUGAAAUUGUUGGCAGUAUGAUCAUCACAUCUGGAACAUCUGAAACCAGUUAUAUCUUUGGUUUCUAAUCUUCAAUUUUACAAAAAUAUCUUAGCAUUGUUAUAAAUAUUGUAGUCUUUUGUGUGGUUGUGGUGCAUUGCACAUGCUAUGAAGGUUAAUGAAGUUUGUCUAGACUCUAGACUCAUGAUAAAAAUUGUGGCAUAAAUGUCUUAAAAUAUCUGAGGAAGGCAAAGGAUUUUAUAUUUAUUGUAAUAACUAGAGCUGCAGAUGUUUGAUUGAAGGUUCUCAAUCCCUUCAUUUGGCUUAGACUCGAGAAUAAAUGGCAGAUACGAUAUAUUUAGAUAGUUCUCAAACUCACAAGUGUUGCAUCCACUGAAAAGGCAGGAUUUUUUUUUUUUUUUGCUUAUGCAUUUGCUUUAAGUUGAAAAACAAGUUCUAAAUCAGUAAAAUGUAUUCUGUUCUGAGUCAAUGCAAGAAGAACUCUUGACUCAGUUGCAACCUCUUUGUGAAAAAGUUACUUAUCUUUUCUUUUUGUGUUUGAAUUGACUGUGUUAUUAUCAAAGCUUGAUUAAUAUGAUUAGAAAAAUGACAGAUCUCCAGAAAAAAAGGGAGUGCUUUUUGCAAGGUUCUGACUAUACAGCUCUGUUGAAAUUUUCUGUUAUUAUUGUUAUCUCAUCAUUACUAUUAACAAAAGUGAACUAUUCUUUUCAAUUAUAAUCGGUAAACAGUUUAUUUUGGUGUUGGAGAGAAUAUUUCUUUGUGCACAUAUUUGUUAGAGAAAUAUGGCUUUGUUAAUAAGAAUAAGAAUCCAUUUCCUAUCAGAAUUUUCAGGCUUAAGUCACACCGUUUGCACCUGUUCUCAUAAUAACUUUCUACCCGAAGAGGAGAGUUUUUCUAACCUAAGGAAAGUAAUUUAAUUAUACUCGGAGAAAUUAGUUUCACACGAUUGUAGUCCUUCAAAAUUUAGAUGUAUGCUUUUCUUGAUUGACAAUGAAACCUGCCAUUACAUUAACAUAAUCAGUCUAACGGCAAAGAUCUUUUGUCAUGCUUGUGUCUGCAUUUCAAAUAGAAAAGUUAUGAUUCAUAACAAUUAAUGUAAUUAUCAGAAAUUAUUACCUACUCUAAUGUGGCAAUUAUUUUGUUUCCAAUUCUUGAGCUUAUAUUUAGUUAAUUGUUUUUAUUGAGGAAAAUGUCCGGUCAGGUUGCCCGUACCAUGUGGUGCUCAGAGCACUGUGUGAACCAUGUGGUUCUAGUUGCAGUUUGGGUCAUAGGGAAAGUUGAGUACUUGGACAACUUUACACCGAAGAUUAAUGAAUCUUUUGUCUCGAUUAAAAGGUUUAUAGUAUGAAGUAAUAGAGGGAAUAUUACAUGCGUUGAAACAUUCAACACCGUUACAUUUUCCCCUACACAAAUUUGGCAGGCUUAUUACAUCUUUUUGCGGCUAUGGCAGGCAUAUCCUGGAAUUUAACUUCCAUUUGCAUCCAAGCACUAAAAGUGUGAUUUUGUUAAAGUAUGCCAACUAAGGAUAUUUCCAGUAUUGUCAUUUAGUAGUAAGUAGUAAAAAGAAAAUAGAAGAGUUUAUUAUGAUUACAUGACUGCCAAGGUAAUAUAUGGCAGGAAAUAGAGGUGACCAAUCCGAGAGUGAGAAUUUGAUACCUCUGUGUAUUAGCCUAGCCAUCAAAGUCCUAUAAAUAAGGAUUGUCAGGAAAGGGUGGCCGCAGAAGGGCUCAAGUGUUGAUGAUUCAAGCAGCAGAUGCCCAGCAGGUUGCUUUCUCCAAGCGUCGAUCUGGCCUCUUCAGGAAGGCCAGUGAACUCUGUACCUUAUGUGCUGUUGAGACUGCCCUUGUUGUUUACUCACCUAGUGGCAAGGCCUUCUCUGUUGGCCAUCCCAGGAAGCCAGAUUUUGAUGCAAUCCGCCGUGCUGAGGCUGAGCAAGAGGCCACUCUGAAUGAGCUUAACAAAAAAUACCAUGAUCUUCUUGAAAAACUGAAAGCUGAAAAAAUUCGAGGUGAGCAACUCAAACAGAUGAGGAUGGAGAGCGAAAGCCAGGGCCAAAGCUUGGUGGAUAGACCAGUUAAUGAACUCAACUUGAAGGAGCUGCUGACUCUGAAAUCAAUGAUGCAGGAGUUUAAGGGGAAGUUGAGGAUGCAUAUUCAGGAAUUUUCAGUCGAGCCUACUGCUUCGACUUCAACAUCAGCUGGAGAAACUAAUGCUUCUCUCAGUGGUUCCACUGAGGGUGAUUUUCCUGCUGAUACUCGUGACCAUGAUGUUGGUCAUGAAAAUUGAUUUUCCCCCAUUCUGUCAGUUGGGAGAGGGAUUGUCUGAGAUGUCAUGCCAAACGUGCUUCAAUUUUGUGAAAUGAUCUAGUCAUUCCC